GUUGAAUAUCCUCCUCAGACUCUUGGAUUUCCUCCUCUGCUAACUCUUGGAUACCCUCCUCGUCCGAUUUAUCAACAGAGUCCUCGUUCGAGCUUGAAUCUUCAGUGCUUUUUUCGUUUAAAGUGGCUACUACUACCUGCAAGGUACGGGUAAUGUUUUUUUUUUAAAAAAAAAACGCCUUUUUCAAGCAGCCAUAGCAGAGGGUCGAGAUGAAGACGCCUGACCAAUUAACUCAGCAUUGAUGGUUGCGAUGCUUGUAAAACUGUUGUUAGUUUUGAUUGCAUCAAACGUCUCUCCAGCUACCUCUCUUGACCUGAGUUUUUCGAGAAGCAAGUAUGUCCUCUGUUGUAAACGCUUCUCCUCCAAUCUCUGUUCUUGGUGUUCUAACAAUAGAUGGGUGGGACCAGAGACAAAAAGAAUUCCGCAACCUGUACCAGACCCAAACAAUUGGGGACAUUUCAUGGAUGUCUAUCAGACGGAAUCGACAAGCAGGACACCGAAUGAUCUCCCUAGAAAAUGUUUGAAGGACUUGUAUGGGGAACAUUCCGUCAGUAUCAUAAACGAUGGAAAUACUAUCAAGAGCUUCUGUUCAAAAAACAAAGUUGAUGAGAAGCAUGUUAUUACAUACGUUAAUCAUCUUAAAGUUAUUGAUAUCAGAAAAGACAUUAGAACAAGAGAAGCUGAGAGGCAAGAGGAGGAAAGGACAUACAAGGACUUCAAAUGGGACACUCUUAUUUAG